UACUCUUAUUUUCAUUCUAGUGAAAGCUGGUGGGAUGAGAAUUGUGCAGAAACACCCCCACACUUCAGAUGCCAAAGAAGAGAAAGAUAAGGAUGAUGAAGAGUGGGAAAGCAGCAGCCCACCUAAACCAACGGUGUUCAUAUCUGGUGUCAUUGCAAGAGGUGAUAAAGACUUCCCUCCAGCUGCAGCUCAGGUGGCUCACCAGAAACCUCAUCCCUCUGUGGAAAAGCUUCCUCAUCCACAGCACGUCAAUCAGCACAUCCACCAGCCUCGCAAGUGAGCCCUGUCAAAAAGCCAGCCAACCUGCAUCAGUGUAGAAAGAAGAGAUCAGAGUUUUUAGGAUUCACACUACCAAAUCAAUAAAACUGGCUUUUAAAAAUGAUAUAUGUUGCUUUUGCUUUAAUUCUCCAUGGUUUCAUAAAAGUGGAGAUUUCAUUAGGUUCUGUUAUUCCAGAUGGAAAACCUUCUGCAUUGCUGCUGUGUGUUUGCUGAUCAAGAGCAUCAUUCAAUUUAACCAGUUCAGUUUUGCUUAGCAGUGUAAUAAAUCUGUUACUGCCGAGGCCAGAUUUAAAUAUAAAUCAUUCAUCUGAUGAGUGGAUUACAUUCCUGAUUGCUAUAGCCAAAAAACAGAGAUAACAUUAAUGUUAAACCUAUUAGGGACCAUAUAAGAUGUUGUGUUUGGUUUAUUUGGUGUGGGGAGAAUAAUUUUUACAUUUGCUCAAGAGGUUUGUAAUAUAUGACUGUCUGAUUUUUAUAGAAUCAUUGCAAUCUGCACUACAUUUGUGAUAAAAAAAAUUAAGGAAAAAUGUCACUAUAUUUCUUAGGCUUUCAGUUCUCUCCUUUCAGUUUAGCCAUGGUAGUGAAAAAAAAAACUUUUUUUGUAGUGGAAAAAAGUGGAAUCUAGUUGAACCUUCAAGACACCAUGUUCCAAACUUACACCACCUCACUAGUGCUCUUCAUGUACACUUUGUGCAUUUGGAGCACCAUGGCUUUAGGUGGGAGAAAGAUGUCAAACCAGGGGGAAGCCUGUUCUAUGCAGCAGCAUGCCUCAACCCAUCUGUGUGUUCAUGAUUGGUAUUUGUGGGGCUUCAUAACUGUGAAGCCUUUCUAAAUAAAAUGAGCAAUAAGAUAUAAUGUAUGUUGUAAAUCAGUGAGGUGCAAACAAUCCAGUGCUGUGAGGAACUGAGCUCCCUUGCAUCCCUCUGAGAGAGUUCAGCAAACUCAGCACUUCAUAGAAUUGAGUAAACCCAUUUAACUUAAAUACAGUAUAUGGUUAUUGUUCUAAAAUGUUGACUCUCUGUAACUGUAAAUGUGUAUGACAUCAUUGUGCAUGGUCUGUUAUAUGCCAUGUCUGCUGUUUUUUCUAGUCUUUUUUAUCACAGGCAAGCAGAUGGUGAUUACAGAUAAGAUAUACCAUUUUAACUAAAGUAAUCUGAUUAGUCAAGGUUAGAUCUGGCUGUGUGUAUAACUCUUUUUAUGCUUGCAUAGUUUAAAAUCACUACCACAAAAUUAGUAGCCUCAUCAGUUACCUCCCAUGUAAUCUCCACACAUCCAUGACAUUUUUUAAAAAAAUACUUAGCCUACAUUUUUUUAAAUGUACUUGAAUUUUUAAAGGAAUAUAAAUACACAGCAGGCUGAAGUACCCUGCAGGAUUAUAGAACUCCACUUCAAGGAACGUGGCCACCUGAACCAACAUUGAAGUCACUACUCUGGCUAACCUUGGGAGUUCUGGACUGCUCAGGGCUUUGAUAGUACAUUUAGAUUUAAAAUCAAAUAGCAUAUAAAAGUAGUGGGAAGAGAGCUUUAAAAAUGAUAUUUUAAACCAUUAUCCUCAAGCUAAAUAAAGUCAUUUUUCUAUGAGUGGCUGGUUAUUGCAAACAAAUUUUUUAAAUUUUACCAUUUUCUCAGUGGAAUAAUAAUUCUGGUCAUUGUGAGUAAGAUUUACCCUUGAUGGGGAUCCUCAGAGUCUGCACAUAGAAAUGAAGUUUGUCCUGUUUGCAUUCAUGUAAAUCUUCUGAAGGCCAACAAAAAGUGUUGUCUGGCUAUGUGACCAUUUUGUACAUGAAAAAAGAUUGUAAAUUUCUUGGGCUUCUGGGAAAAUAUUCAAAUUUAAUAAAAAUUUACGCAGGGA